AUGGAGAUCUCCCUGGUGCCCCUGGAGAACGGCGGGGCCAUGACCGUCCGAGGAGGAGGUGAGGCCCGGGGGGGCUGCGGCCAAGUCACAGCGGGGGAGCUCCAGUGCCCCUCGACGGCUGCGCUCUGCGAUGGACCCAAAGCGCCGGCGCCCAGGGGGUGCGGCGCGCACAGGAGCGCGGAGCCGGGAGGGCGGCCUUCGCCACGGCUGCCCCCGGAGCAGCCGCAGCCGCAGCCUAGACAGGUUCCCACGGGGGACGAGGAGGGAGAAGGCGACCCCGCCCAGGGCGCGGCCGAGGACCCGGUGCCGAGCGCGGCGGCCCUUCACCACCAGCGCGUCCUCAUCAACAUCUCGGGGUUGCGCUUCGAGACGCAGCUGGGCACCCUGGCGCAGUUCCCCAACACCCUGCUGGGGGACCCCGCCAGGCGCCUGCGCUACUUCGACCCCCUGCGCAACGAGUACUUCUUCGACCGCAACCGGCCCAGCUUCGACGGCAUCCUUUACUACUACCAGUCGGGGGGCCGGCUGCGGAGGCCGGUCAACGUCUCUCUGGACGUGUUCGCCGACGAAAUCCGCUUCUACCAGCUGGGGGACGAGGCCAUGGAGCGCUUCCGCGAGGACGAGGGCUUCAUUAAAGAAGAGGAGAAACCCCUGCCCCGCAACCGGUUCCAGCGCCAGGUGUGGCUUAUCUUUGAAUAUCCGGAGAGCUCGGGGUCCGCGCGGGCCGUCGCCAUCGUCUCGGUCUUGGUCAUCCUCGUCUCCAUCAUCACCUUCUGCCUGGAGACCUUGCCCGAGUUCAAGGACGAACGGGAGCUGCUCCGCCAUCCCCCGGCGCCCCACCCGCCUUCGGGGCCGGCGCGGGGGGCCAAUGGCAGCGGGGGGGCCGGGGCGCCCUCCUCUGGCCCCACGGUGGCGCCUCUUCUGCCCAGGACCCUGGCCGACCCCUUCUUCAUUGUCGAGACGGCGUGCGUCAUCUGGUUCACCUUCGAGCUGCUGGUGCGCUUCCUGGCCUGCCCCAGCAAGGCCGACUUCUGCCGGAACAUCAUGAAUAUCAUCGACGUGGUGGCCAUCUUCCCCUACUUCAUCACCUUGGGCACCGAGCUGGCCGAGCCACAGUCCGGGGGCGGCCAGAACGGGCAGCAGGCCAUGUCCCUGGCCAUCCUCAGAGUCAUCCGCCUGGUCCGCGUGUUCCGCAUCUUCAAGCUGUCCCGCCACUCCAAGGGGCUGCAGAUCCUGGGCAAGACCCUGCAGGCCUCCAUGCGGGAGCUGGGCCUGCUCAUCUUCUUCCUCUUCAUCGGAGUCAUCCUCUUCUCCAGCGCCGUCUACUUCGCGGAGGUGGACCACCAGGACACCCACUUCUCCAGCAUCCCCGAUGCCUUCUGGUGGGCGGUGGUCACCAUGACCACGGUGGGCUAUGGGGACAUGAGGCCAGUCACCGUGGGGGGCAAGAUCGUGGGCUCCCUGUGCGCCAUCGCUGGGGUCCUCACCAUCGCCCUGCCGGUUCCGGUCAUCGUCUCCAACUUCAACUACUUCUACCACCGGGAGACGGACCACCGGGAGUCGGACCGCCGCGAGGAGCUGGCCGCCCUGAAGGAGGAGCAGGGCAGCCAGAGCCAGGGGACCGGGCUGGACGGCAGGGGCCAGCGGAAGGCCAGCUGGAACCAGGGGUCCCUCUGCAAGGGGUCCCUGGAGAAUGCUGAGGGGGCCCGCGGGGGCAGCUGCCCCCUGGAGAAGUGUAACCUCAAGGCCAAGAGCAAUGUGGACUUGCGGAGGUCCCUGUAUGCCCUCUGCCUGGACACCAGCCGGGAGACGGAUUUGUGA